AUGAAUAACACUCUGAUCUGCUCAAACUACCAACUCACAUGUGCUAAGGGCACUACCAGUGGCACGUAUGCUGCGCUGCCUUGUCGAAGUGCUGAGACUCGCCGCCUAACAACCGGGUGUCGCAGGCCAAUGUUGUGGGCUGAAUGGGUGCGGACGGCAGUCACUCGACAAAAUCUUUCACUCGGUGCAUUGAAAACCCCUGCCACGCCAAAAGUUCACCAAUCACCAGGACACAUAAGACACCCCCACGGCCAGAGCACCAAGGCACCUCGCUCCAAUCACUGGUAUCCAGCAGUGAACAUAGGAUCGAGCUUCUGA